UUGAGAAAGGGAGCGAGAGGAAGCGCCAUAAGCUUAAAGCUUUUCACUUCUACUGAUGAAGCCGACGAAUCUCUGCCGUGCUUCUUCCAUCUUCCUCCUUCUUCCCGCUCCAGCUGCGAUCUUUAGCGAGUCAUCAUCCCUUUCCGUUCUCUGUCACCCUUAUCUCCCUCAUCCUUCUCAUCUCCCUUUCUCGUCCCGCCGUCGUCGGAGGUUUUCCUCGACCCCUAACCCUAAUUUAGACGACCCCAACCAUGUCUUGAGUUACGUGAAGAGAAAUUGCAGAGCUGGUGGUGGUGGGUUUACGAGUGUGGGCGAUGCCCUGUGUUGCUUCGGUAAAAUGAUAAAGGCGAGCCCUUUGCCUUCCUCCGGGGAUUUCAGUCUACUGUUGGGUGCUAUAGUGAGGAUGAAGCACUACUCGACUGCGAUCCGCUUGAUUGAGCAGCUGCCUUCUUUGGGGAUCGAGGAUCAUGUUGCCUUGCUCAAUAUUUGGAUAAAUUGCUUCUGCCGGUUAAAGCGGGUUGAUUUGGGUUUGUCUAUUCUGGGCAGAAUCUUCAAGCUUGGGUUUCCCAUCAAUGUCGUGACAUCGAGCACCCUGAUUGACGGUCUCUUUAUUCAGGGCAAAACUGAUCAAGCACUGAGGUUCCUCGAUGAUAUGCAACGAAACGGCCCCGAACCUAAUGAGACCACGUAUGCGAUAGUCGCGAAGGGGUUAUGCAGGGCGGGUAACACCAGAUUGGCCAUCGAAUUGCUGAGGGACUGGGAGGAGGGAAGCUGCAGGCUCGGUUCCUUUGCAUACAACAUAGUAAUUGAUAGUCUUUGCAAGAGGGGAUUGAUUGCAGAAGCAUUGAGACUCCAUGAAAGUAUGAGUAGGAAAGGCGUCCAACCAAAUGUUGUUACUUACAACUCCUUGAUCCAUGGUCUCUGCAAUGUAGGCCAGCUGGAAGAUGCUCUUGUAUUGUUGAAAGACAUGACGAGCAGAGGCAUCCAACCCACCAUAUUCACUUAUACCUCCUUGGUUCAUUGCUUAUGCAACCUAGGCCAAUGGAAAGAUGCUACGGUCUUGUUGGAGGAGAUGAUGAAGGCAGGGAUUGAACCGGACGUCGUUACUUAUACCUCUGUCAUUCAAGGAGUGUGCAAUUCCGGCCAAUUGAAAGAGGCUCAAAGACUGCUGAGUCAUAUGGUGCGAAGCAGAGUCAUGCCGAAUAGUUGGACGUUCACUAUUUUGGUGGAUGCACAUUGUAAAGAGGGAUUGCUUGUAGAGGCAGAGGCCAUAGUCAAGCAGAUGAUUCAAUUAGGUAAAAUGCCUGAUGUUUUCAUCUAUAAUGCAUUGAUGAAUGGCUAUUGUUUGCAAAAUAGAAUGAAGGAUGCUAUGGCAGUGCUUAAUUUGAUGGUUCAAAGAGGCUGCUCACCUGAUGUUGUUAGUUAUUCCACGUUGAUCAACGGAUACUGCAAAGUGAAAAGAAUGGACAAGUCAAAGAUGCUUUUCCAAGAAAUUCUUCAAAGGGGCCUGAUUCCUAAUGUCAUAACAUACAGCACUCUCGUGGAUGGAUUUUGCAAGGUUGGGGACCUUGAAGCCGCGGCGGAGCUAAUUAACGAGAUGCAAUCUCGCAAUCUCUUUCUAGAUCACUAUACCUUGAAUGCUUUCCUGGAUGGCUUGUGUAAAAUGCAGCAGAUUGACAAGGCCAUGAUAUUGCUUCGAAAGAUGGAAGAUUCCAAAUUUGUCCCAAACAUUGUGACUUACAAUAUCCUAAUAAAUGGCAUGUGUAAUGCCGGAAAGCUCGAUGAUGUAAAGGGGCUGGUUAAUUGUUUGCAUGCUCAAGGCUUGCAACCUGACGUGUGGACAUGUAACAUUCUCAUGCAUGUGUUGUGCAAAGGAGGACGUAUGGAGGAAGCAUAUCAGCUUCUAAAGGAGAUGGAAGGAAAUGGAUGCUUUCCAGAUGGGGUCACUUAUAACACAAUAAUCCAAGGAUUGCUAAGAAAUAAUGAAAAUACUAGAGCCACACAACUUGUUGGUGAAAUGGUUGAAAGGGGUUUUUCUGCUGAUGUAGCGACGAUGGAAUUGUGGGUCAAAUAUCUCGUGACAAAUGGAACUUCUUCCUUUACUAGGAGAACUCUCCAUUGUCUCUGAGAUCCGUCCACAUUUUCAUCUGAAAUGUGAUGAAGAGUAAAUCAGAUUAACGUCAAGUUUUCUUCUAAACGUCUUCUCUUUGUGUCCCAUGUCCCAUUGAUGAAUUUUUUUUUAAAUCAGAGAGAUAAUUCACUGAAUCGAACCGCCCAAGACGGCAAAUAUUUGGAGGGGUAUAAGAUACUUCAAAGAAGAGGCAUACAUUGAAGUGGAUGGUAUUUGAAUCGGUAGUGGAGUGUAUUUGGAUCGAGCUGUGUACUCCGAUUAUCACCACAGGUCGAUUACAUAUUUGGUUUAUUUGCUCUGCUUCUUACAUGCAAAUAACAGCGAAGUUUGAGGGACGGCUUGCUGACUAAGGAACGUGGCUGCAAAUGUAUGAAACUACUUGAAGUAUCUUCCCCUUUGCACUGCCAGGGAUUUUCCGAAAAGCAUCUGAUGAUGGGUGAACAUGAACGCAGCUGACAAACAUUCCCAAUGUUAGCUGUCUUGGGCGAACAACAAUCAACUCCAUUGCAGUCAGGCCCAGAUGAUAUAAAUUCCAUCGUCUUUUCCACUGCAUGAAUUGAAUUACUUUCCCGGUCAAUAGGG